UUCCCCUUCCCGCAACCUCCAAAAUAUCAAAAUGGCGCCAAAACCGGUCACUUCUCCGGCGGUUUUCGCCAUUUUUACUCUCUUUUUGCUUUUUUCAUCUUCCGUCACCGCACAUGAUUAUUCAGAUGCUCUACGGAAAUGCAUUUUGUUCUUUGAAGGUCAGCGUUCCGGCAGACUCCCGCCGGAUCAACGUGUCCGGUGGCGCAGUCAUUCCGCAUUGCACGACGGUUCUACUGCCGGAGUGGAUUUAAGGGGAGGAUACUAUGACGCAGGGGACAACAUAAAAUUCGGGUUUCCAAUGGCAUUUACAACCACAUUGCUGGCGUGGAGCGUAAUCGAUUUCGGGCGAAUAAUGGGGAAUGAAUUAGGGAACGCCGUGAAAGCCGUAAAAUGGGGAACGGAUUAUUUACUAAAAGCAACGGCAACAGAGGGUGUGGUUUAUGUACAAGUUGGUGAUGCGUAUUCUGAUCAUAAUUGUUGGGAAAGACCAGAAGAUAUGGAUACUUUAAGAACUGUUUAUAAAAUUGAUCGAAACCAUCCUGGAUCUGACGUGGCUGGUGAAACUGCUGCUGCUUUGGCCGCUGCUUCUAUUGUUUUCCGGUCACGUGACCCUACUUACUCACGUAUUCUUCUCAAUCGUGCUGUUAAGGUCUUUCGGUUUGCUGACACAUACAGAGGUGCCUACAGCAAUUAUUUACACUCGGCUGUUUGCCCUUUUUACUGUGACAACAAUGGUUAUGAGGAUGAAUUGUUAUGGGCAGCAGCUUGGUUGCACAAGGCAUCAAGAAGAAGGCAAUAUAGGGAGUACAUAAUAAGAAAUGAAGUCAUCUUGAGAGCAGGAGACACCAUUAAUGAAUUUGGGUGGGAUAACAAACAUGCUGGCAUCAAUGUUCUCAUUUCUAAGGAGGUGUUAAUGGGAAAAUCGCCUGAUCUAAAGUCAUUUCAGAACAAUGCCGAUGCAUUUAUAUGUUCUUUGUUACCCGGAACAGCUCAUCUUCAAGUUCAAUACUCACCAGGUGGAUUGAUAUUUAAAGCUGGAGGAAGUAACAUGCAACAUGUAACUUCACUAUCUUUUCUGUUGCUGGCCUAUUCUAACUACUUAAGCCAUGCCAAUCAUGUGGUGCCAUGUAGUGAUAAAUCAGCUUCCCCCGCUCUUCUCAAAAGUUUGGCAAGGCGUCAAGUGAAUUAUAUUCUUGGAGAUAACCCAAUGAGGAUGUCAUACAUGGUCGGGUAUGGACCUCGUUACCCACAAAGGAUUCAUCAUAGAGGCAGCUCUUUACCUUCGGUUAGAGUCCAUCCAGCUCGUAUAGGUUGCAAGGCUGGGUCACGUUACUUCUUUAGCCCAGACCCAAACCCAAAUGUAUUAGUAGGAGCUGUGGUUGGUGGGCCUAACACGACUGAUGCGUUUCCUGACUCUAGACCGUUCUUUCAAGAAUCCGAGCCUACAACGUAUAUAAAUGCACCGUUGGUUGGACUAUUGGCCUACUUUGCUGCCCAUCCAUAAUUUGAAUGUGGCGUGCAAUGUGUAGUGGUGCGCAAAAUGGUCACCCUGCCGUUUUUAAUUUCUUACCCUUAUAUAACCAACCGUUAUUAGUAUCUUUAUCCAAAAUGGAAAAGUUGCAAUUGUAUCUUCUUAUCGAAUCAAUCAUGUUCACAUCACUUGCCACCUGAUGAAGGGGGCAUUAUUAUUUAAGUAAAUCUUGUUGUAUUAUGUAGCUCAAGCAUUAAAAGCUAUAUCUUAUAUGCUCAAUUUGGUCGUUUAUAAAUGAAUUAAUUAAUUUUGCUA